CAGACUGAGUGAAUUCAUUGCAGAGUGAGUUUGGGCAGCGACGAGUCGCGUCCUCCCUGACAGUUCUUUAUCAAUGGCCUCUGGGAGGUGCUCGUUCGUGGUGUUUUGUAUUUGCAGUGCUGUGAUCUCUUCCAGCCACGGUGUUUACCUGGAACCAGAUCAGAAUGUUAGUCUUCCUAAUGGAUGGAUACAUGUAGGGCGAGUAUCAGCCUCAGAUGAACUAUUACUCACUUUUUCAUUGAAACAGCAAAAUACCGACAAACUCAAGGAACUUCUGGAGCAAGUAUCAAACCCGCAUUCUAUCCAAUACGGUAAAUACCUCACCUUGGAUGAGUUAUCGAGUCUGAUUCGACCUUCAGAAGAGACUCUGAAAACUGUGUGGACGUGGCUUAAAAACCAUGAUGUACAAAACUGCUCCACCAUCCAGACCUUGGAUUUCUUGAGAUGUUUCAUGUCUGCCAGCACUGCUGAAAAGCUUUUACCUGGAUCAGAAUUUAAUCGGUACACCAAUGGCCGUCACAUUUUGAUAAGAUCUCCAGUUAAGUAUGAGGUUGCUGAAGAAGUUGCUGAACACAUUGAUUUUGUUGGAGGUGUACAUCGAUUCCCUCCGAAAAAGACUGUGAUAAGCAAGGCGUGGAAAGCUAGCCAGAAUAUAGAAGCAGACUUUCACUUGGGCGUGACACCAGCUGUCCUAAGGAAACGUUAUAACCUUACUGCAAGUGCUGUUGGGUCUCACAAGAAUAGCAGUCAAGCUGUGGCACAGUUCCUGGAGCAAUAUUUCCACCAGAUGGAUCUCUCAGAGUUUAUGACAUUAUUUGGUAGCAGCUUUGUGCACCACAAUAAAGUGAGUAAAGUGAUUGGCUCCCAGGGCGGUAUAAAGGCAGGUUUGGAAGCCAGCUUGGAUGUGGAGUACAUUAUGAGUGCUGGUGCAAACAUAAAUACCUGGGUCUUCAGUAAUACAGGAAGACAUGAAUCCCAGGAACCCUUUCUAGAUUGGAUGAUGUUACUGAGUAACAUGUCAUCAAUUCCAUGGGUCCACUCUGUCAGUUAUGGAGAUGAUGAGGACAGAUCUUUGGCGUAUUUGGACCGAAUCAACACGGAGUUCAUGAAGUCAGGUGUCCGUGGACUCACAUUACUCUUUGCUUCUGGUGAUGAUGGUGCAGGCUGCAGAGAAGUUCGAAGAGGAAUAAAUACCUUCAGACCAAGCUUUCCUGCAUCUAGUCCAUAUGUCACAACUGUGGGAGGAACGUCUUUCAAGAAUCCCUUUCAAAUUACAUUGGAGGUCACAGAUUACAUCAGUGGUGGUGGAUUCAGUAAUGUGUUUAAGAUGCCAGACUAUCAGGCUGCUGCUGUGAAUUCUUACCUCAGAAGGAUGAAAUCACUUCCCCCAGCUACAUACUAUAAUGUUAGUGGCCGUGCCUAUCCUGAUGUAGCAGCUCUAUCCGAUAACUACUGGAUUGUAAGCAACCUAAUCCCAAUUCCAUGGAUUUCUGGGACGUCAGCCUCAACCCCAGUCUUUAGUGGGAUCUUGGCCCUCAUAAAUGAUCGCCGGUUCCAGAAAGGUCUUCCAGCUCUUGGUUUUGUUAAUCCAUUGCUUUACAGUUUACAGGAGAAAGGCAUAACUGGAGCAUUUUUUGAUGUAACUACAGGAUGCCAGUUGGGCUGUCUGGAUGAAAAAGUUGAAGGGCAGGGAUUCUGUGCUUCUCAGUCUUGGGAUCCUGUGACAGGUUGGGGGACACCUAACUAUCCAGAACUACUCAAGGCAUUCCUUGCAGGCAAAUUGGCUGAUCCAUAACCUGAAUCAAGUAUUUAACAAUUUGAAUGUAAACUACAUGGUGUUUCGGACCUCAAUUUUGUGUGUGUGUCGAGACCAUUAGUGUUUAUUACAGAAAUUGAUGGAAACAAUGUUUUUUUGGAAAGAAUCUGCAAAUAAGGAUGAAGAGUCAAAUGAGUAUUGUAUUUUUCAGUGCUGCUUAAUAUUUAUCGAUGCCACCAACAAUAUUUUGAUUAAACUGUUACUCAAACUGAGAGUUAAUAUUGAAUUCAUUAAGUUAAAUUACUGAGCAAAUAUGAAACAUCUUAAAUCUAAAGAUAUCUAAAUUAAGCACUCAUAAUCUAAUGGAUUUUGUAACUAGUUCUUCGUCUGACUAAAUUUACUUGAAUUGUUUAAGUUAUAGGUCAUUGAACUUUGGUCAGUUGGCAGAGACUGAAUGAUAAUAUUUGAAUAUGCUGAUAAAAUCUUUCAACAGAUUUUUAUUUACAUAAUUUAUACAUCAGUAAUGAAGCACUACGGAAAUAAAGUGCAUUUAAAGAUGCCCACAUUAGGCCAAUUAUAUUUAUGGCUGUACAUUUUGUUUAUGGUUAGAUAGUCUGAGAUGAUCAGGUACCAUUUGUCGAUCAAAUACAUAGUGAAGGUAUCGGUAGAUUUCUUCAGCUCGGCGGUGACUAACCUUUCCUCGAGAUGCUAUUUCAUCCACUGAACUAGAAUGAAUGAAAAUAAUAACAUUAACUACAAAUUUAUCAAAUAAAAAGGACUUUCAUAACAAUACGGAAAUGCAUACCUCAAAGAAGUGUAAUACCAAUGUAGUAUACAAUAGUUUAAAAAUAUUAAAAUUCUUUAAUAAAA